UCCGUUUCGGUGUCUGCUUCACCUGGAGGCUCACGCGCAUACCUACCUACACACACACACACGCGCGCGCACACGCACACGAACACACACACACGCACACGCACGCACACACACACACACACACACCUGCCGCAGCGCACCUGCGCCGCCAUGACGCAGCUCUGACCGGGACACACGGACGAGUGACGGCGGAACAACAACAGCAGAACCGGGACAGACUGCGGGGUCAUGGACCUGCUGGACUCAGGACAGAAGUUCCCGCUGAAACACGAUGUCGACUUCGACGCCAACAUGCAGUUCCUGCCCGCCACGGACUCCAAGCGGCUAGAGAAGAAACCGGGCCGCAGGAAGCUGUGCAUCGGACUGGGCCUGCUGGCUGCCGCUGCCGCUCUGGCGCUGCUGACCGGACUGCUGGUCUGGCACUUCCACUUGCGUUCCAGCGAUGUCCGGACGACAAGGGUUUACAUCGGCUCCAUGGGAAUCGGCAGCCACCCCUUCGUGGCCGAGUACGAAGACUCCAGCAGCCGGGGGUUUGCAGACCUGGCCAGGCAGGUCAACCAGCAGCUGAAACUCCUUUAUUCCAAAAACUCCGUUCUGGGCAAAUACUAUAAAAGCUCGACAGUCCAGGCCUUCAGUGAAGGAGACGGCAGUGAUGGGGAUGAUGUGGUGGCUUACUACCAGUCGGAGUUUGAAGUUCCCGAACCUCAGCAGUCCGCCCUGGACCAAGCCAUCCAGUCCCUGGAGCCAGCGGAUGACGGUCAUCAGGGCCGCCAGGGACGACUUCUCCUGAGACCCCAAAACACCCUGAACGUCAACAACGUCAUGUCUGGAGCUCUGGAUCCUCGCAUGAGCAGGAGCUCCAUAUCAGAUAAAAACUCCACCAACGUCCACGUCAGGAAGGCGGGGGUCAUUGACUCCCCGGGAUUCCCCGACGCUUCGUACCCUUCGAACAUCUACCAGCAGUGGCGGCUCCGGGCCGACCCACAGCACCGCGUCCAGCUGGACUUCCACACCCUGAUCCUGGAGGACGACUGUCGGGAAGACUUUGUGAAGAUCUACGACUCGCUGGCCCCCAUCGAGAGCCGUGCUCUGACGGAGCAGUGUGGAUACCCUCACGACUCUCUGACCUACCUGUCCUCUGGAAACGUCAUGCUUCUGACGCUGAUCACCAACGAGGAGAAGAACUUCCCCGGAUUCAGAGCCAUGUACUCGCAGAUCCCUCUGGAUGACGGAGGGUGUGGAGGGAAACUGACGGGGGACAAAGGCUCCAUCUCUUCACCCUUCUUCCCCAACAACUACCCUCCACGAGCGUCAUGUGUCUGGAACAUCGAGGCCCCGAAAGGAAAGUUUGUGAAAAUCCAGUUCAACAAGUUCUCUGUGGGGAAUCACAGUAAAGACUGUCCCAACGACUACGUAGAGGUCAACAAUGAGAGGUUGUGUGGCAGGAACCUAAAAAACUCUGUGGUAACCAGCAAAAGCAACAAGAUGACCAUCAAGUUCACGUCCGAUGCAUCCUACGUGGACCAGGGCUUCACCGCCGAGUACGAAGCUUUUGUCCCGACCGAUCCUUGUCCGGGACGGUUCCGGUGCAGCAGCAACCUGUGCAUCAACGCCACCCUGAAGUGCGAUGGCUGGAACGACUGCGGAGACCACAGCGACGAGGUCAACUGCAAGUGUGAGGAGUCCCAGAUGAAGUGUAAGAACGGUCUCUGCAAACCCAAGUUCUGGAGGUGCGACGGCUUUGACGACUGUGGAGACAAAACGGAUGAAGAAAACUGUGUGAAAUGCACAGACCAAGAGUUCUCCUGCAGGAACGGUCGCUGCGUCUCCGACAGCCUGAGGUGUAACGGAGAGGACGACUGCGGCGACGGGUCGGAUGAGUCAGCAUGUGCAAAAUCUCUGCUGCUGCAGUGCUCCAACUUCACUUUCCGCUGCAAAAACGAACACUGCAUCAGCAAACUGAACCCCGAGUGUGACGGAGUGGAGGACUGCAAAGACGGUUCAGACGAGGCCGACUGCGAGUGCGGCAUGAGGCCGUUCCGCAGCUCUCGUAUCGUGGGCGGUCAGGUGUCGCAGCAGGGGGAGUGGCCCUGGCAGGUCAGCCUCCACGCCAGAGGACUGGGUCACGUGUGCGGAGCAUCGGUGCUGAGCGACCGCUGGCUGCUGACCGCUGCCCACUGCGUCCAGGACACUCAAUCCAACAAGUUCUCCCAGGCGGACCAGUGGGAAGCACUCCUGGGGCUUCACGUGCAGGGCCACACCAAUGAGUGGACGGUGAGGAGGAACAUCAAGCGGAUCAUCACCCAUCAGGGCUACAACCAUUUCACCUACGCCAACGACAUCGCCCUGAUGGAGCUCGAUGCCAGCGUCCCCCUCAACCAGAACAUCUGGCCCAUCUGCCUGCCCUCUCCCACCUACGACUUCCCCGCGGGCCGAGAGGCUUGGAUCACCGGCUGGGGUGCAACCAGGGAGGGAGGUUCCAAAGCAGCGGUCCUGCAGAAGGCGCCGGUUCGCAUCGUCAACGACACGGUUUGCAAGAGUCUGAUGGAUGAUGUCACUGACAGGAUGCUCUGUGCCGGAGUCCUCAAAGGGGGCGUGGACGCCUGUCAGGGCGACUCCGGCGGGCCCUUGUCCGUCACUGGCCCCAGUGGGCGGGUCUUCCUGGCCGGCGUGGUGAGCUGGGGCGAAGGCUGCGGUCGCAGGAACAAACCCGGCGUCUACACUCGCGUCACCAAAUUCCGCAGCUGGAUAACUCAGAACAGCGGAGUAUAACAGACACAUCCGCUGUUUCCAGAGCUUGUUGGGACACAAACGGUGACCGCUGUUGUGAAGACACUUUCUAUUACGUCCACAUUUUUAAACUUUCAAGUUCACAAUUCAUCCUUUUGCUUUUUGUGGUACAAAAAAGUGCAGAAGAGCAACAGCAGAGAGGAGCUGUUAGUGAUGAAGGGAUUGGGAUUUAACAAAAGGGAAAUGUUGAGAUAAAUAUGGUUUCUGAUUAAAUAGGUGCCUUCACACAACAGUCCUUCAGCUGCUCUCUGUUCGGGCAGAAACAAACUUUGUACGAAUGUAGACCCUCAUUUAUGGCCUGAGGGAAGGACAAUGAAACAUUCAACCAGCCUGUAAAUAACAAAGAUAAAAUAUUCUGAGAGCAAUUAUUGUAGAAAGAAAUUGUCUGAAAUCAUCUGCAGUUUUGAGACAAGCUGCUCGGCGUUCCUCAGGGAAGCGUCCUGGGUCCCCCAGACAGCUCACAGAUGGAUGAACAAAAAAUAAAAUGUAUUUUUAUAUACAGUACACCUCUAUAUUCUUAGGUAUAGGUACCGAUAUUUAGCUGUUAGUAAUAUUUUUCACUUACAAACAUUCAAAUUAACUAAGUUCAUAAACUUUUCUGCUUGUACUGCAUUUUCUUUUUUAAUUAUUUAAGGUGCAUUUUAUGUUUUUUCCUUAUUUCUUUUGAGCAUGUAUUUAGUUUAUUUCUUUCUUGUGAUAUUAAUGUCUUGCACUGAUUGUUCAUAUGGAUGCUCUUAACUUAUUUAUGUUUUUAGGGUUUUGUUGUCACUUUUAUGUACUUUUGUCCUGAAUGUGCAUUUAAUAGAGCUGUAGUUUUGAAGAUGUAAGGUAAAGUAAUAAUAAUAAUAAUAAUAAUAAUAAUAAUAAUUCAUAAUAAUAAUAUAAAGGGUGGGCACCUAACUAAAGUGUAACAUUUGAUCAGAUUCAAUACUUAAUUUUUUCAGGUCGAGUUGACAUGUAGAUAGAACUUGUUAAAAUGAGUUUUUCUUCCUUCGUUCUCAUGAGACGUGAGACCCAGCGAGAACACAGACUUUUCUCUGGAGAACCGUCUUCAUCUUUCUCGCUGUGUGGAACCAAACUCAUGGUGUUUCUGUUGUCAACUUUAAAACCCAGUCUCUUACCACAGGAAAGAGAUUUCCUAGACGUUUGGUCUCAGUAACGACUUUAAAGGUCCGUUUUUGUGUAAAUAAAAGAGCGACAUGCCAACGCGAACCCAAGAGUACCUGUGUUUGUGGGGAACCAACGAAGGGAUUUUUACUCUUCUGCAGAAAACUCACUCCUGUAGAUGUGAUUUCCUUUCAUCUGCUCAAAGGAUUAUUAACGUUUAAGCAGGAACCAACCAAUGCAGAG